AUGUGGAAUGCCAUGAUUAACGGAUAUUUUCAGUGUGGAUUAUAUGAGACAGGCAUCACAUUAUUCAUUACUAUGGUUAAUUGGGGGAUUAGGCCAGAUGGGUUUUCUCUGGUCGCAGUUAGUUCAUGCUUCAUUGAUGAGAGUUCCCUGAAACAAGGUCAGGGAAUCCAUGGUUUUGCACUGAAAACUGUGCUCAAUGAAGAGAAACAGAACCAACAUGUGAUUAGUGGACUUGUGGCCAUGUACACUAGGUGCAAUUGCCUAGAUUAUGGUAUUAAGAUGUUUAACCAAGUCCUACACCCAGAUUUAAUCACUUGGUCUGCCUUACUAUGUGGGCUUUUUCAAGUUGGAGAUUGUGAAAAUGGGGUGAAAUUAUUUAGGAAUUUGAUUUUUUCUGGAAUAACUCCUGAUCCAAUCCUUAUAUCUGCUAUUCUUUCAUCUUGUGCAAAAUGUGCAAUGCUUAGGUGGGGUAAAGAGACCCAUGGUUAUAUUUUCCGGUGCAAUUUCAAGGAUUCUGGCGAGAUUUCUAGUGCACUCAUCAACAUGUACUCAAGAUGUGGUUCCAUAAAGUCGGCCCACCAGAUAUUUGAGACUGUGUCUGGGGGAAACUUGGUAGUUUACAACUCGAUGAUAGCCGGGCUCGCGGCUCAUGGGCUAGGACUCGAGGCUAUACAAUUGUUUGAUGAGUUGGUGGGUCGUGGACUCCGGCCUGAUGGAGCCACCUUUGCAGGCCUCUUAAGUGCAUGUCGACACUCUGGGCUCGUGGAUGAGGGUCAAGAAAUAUUUGAGAAAAUGAGAGGCAUUUUUGGAAUUUUGCCGGGGGUUGAGCAUUAUGUUUAUAUGGUUGAGCUUCUGGGGCUUGCCGGAAAAUUGGAGGAAGCCUAUUUUUUGGUGGAGGAGAGGCCGGCAUCUGGUGUUUGGGGGGCUUUUUUGUCAUUGUGUCGAGACCACAGUGAUGUAGCACUCGCAAGGGUGGCAGCGGAGAGGUUGCUUGAGCUCGAGCCGAGGAAGGUGGCUUAUAGGGUGAUUAUGUCUAAUAUUUAUGCAAGUGAGGGGAGGUGGGAGGAAGUGAGGAAAGUAAGAGAGGAGAUGGCAGAGAGAGAAAUGAGGAAGACGCCUGGGUGCAGCUGGAUUUUGCAGUGA